AUGCAAUCUAAAAAUACACGCGUUGAAAACAAAAAUAUGUCUGACAAAGACACGUGGGGCUACGCCGUUUGUUUUGGUACUAUAAUAACAUUCAUCGCUGGACUAGGCCACAUUAACUCAUUCGGUCUUAUUUUCAAAGAUUUUAUUGAAGAAACAAAUUCUUCAGCCAAAUCUUUAACAACUGCUCAUGGAGUGUUUGCUAUAAUGCUUGCAAUUGGAGGUUUACUUUUAAACGUCCUCUAUAAGAAAUAUCCAAUGAGAUACGGAGGAUUUAUUGGUGCCAUCUUAUUCAUACUCGGUGCUUCUUCGACAAUAUUCAUACAAGAUUCAAGCCAGUUAUCAUUAACCUUUGGUGUACUUCAAGGGAUUGGAUUUGGCAUGAUGGUAUCAGUGUGCUAUUCUACUUUAAACUACUAUUUUGUUACGAAAAGGACAACUGUAAUGAGUUCGAUAAAGGCUUUGCAGGGAGUUAUUAUAAUGUGGUAUCCCCAGCUGUUAAAGAUAAUAUUAUAUGUUUAUGGAUUUAGAGGGACUUUGUUGAUACUAACAGGAGUAUCAUUACACAUGAUUCCAGGAAUGCUAACUAUGGUAACUGAAACAGAGAGCUCAAAGAACAAAAACCUAGCAAAGGACAGAGAUUUAGAAAUAUCUAACAAAGCUGAAACUGAAGAUCUAUUGGUGAAAAGAGAGAAAGACGGAUUGGAGACGAUUAAUAAAUUCAACCAAGUAAUCUGUGAGAUAUUAAACGUCUUAAACGUCAAAGUUCUAAAGGACCUCGUUUACUGUAACAUUUGUUUGGGACAAAGUUUCGUUAACUUUUCCGAUCUGACUUUCUUUAUAUUUCAACCGAUGCUCUUGUUUCAAUAUGGUUUUGAUAAGAGCGAUGUAGCAACAUGCAUUUCAAUAGGAGCAGGUGCUGACGUCACGGCAAGAUUUGCAUUGGCCUUUUUUAGUGGUCUAUAUCCAGUCAACACAAGAAACUUGUACUACGUGGCGACAGUUUUCACUUUCGUUGCUAGAAUUGUUAUAUUGCAAGUUACACAAUUCGUAUGGGUCGCAAUUAUUACUGGCAUUCUUGGAAUAUUAAGAGCAUUUCUGCACGUUUCCAGCCCUCUUGUAAUUUCGAACCAUGUCUCAAGACAGGAGUUUCCUGGAGCCUACGCAUUGUUUAUGCUCACAGCUGGUGCUAUUAACCUACUUUUAUCACCAUUUGUAGGUGCGCUGAAGGACUACUAUAAUAGCUACAUCCCAUCGUUUAUCGCUUUAUGUUUAUGUUGUUUACCGUGUAUAAUACUUUGGCCCUUAGAAUACAUUUUUUUAAAGAAAAUAGUCAAUGCAGAUUGA